CGGGAUCAUGUGACUCACAUAAUGGCCGAUCUCUAACCUCCCGGCAAUAGCCGGCUUAAGCCUGCUGAGAGAUGAAGACGCGCCAGAUUGGGACUGGCGUCCCGGGGGCGGAGGGUCGGUCACUUCUGCUGUUGCUGCUGCGGCUGCUUUCCUCGCUGCUGCUUCUGAGCCAUGCGGGAGCUUCCAGCUUACGAUACUUUGACAAUUACAGUCUGCGCCCAGACCCCAGUUACGUCCUGGAGGAUGUCGCCGGCCUUGGUCGGGUGUUUGACGGCAUCGGCGGGCUGAGCGGCGGCGGGGCAACCUCCCGACUUCUAGUCAAUUAUCCUGAGCCAUAUCGUUCUGAAAUAUUGGAUUAUUUAUUUAAGCCAAACUUUGGUGCAUCUUUGCAUAUUCUGAAAGUGGAAAUAGGAGGUGAUGGACAAACAACAGAUGGCACUGAACCCUCUCAUAUGCAUUAUGCAAAUGAUGAGAAUUAUUUCCGGGGCUAUGAAUGGUGGCUAAUGAAGGAAGCUAAGAAGAGGAAUCCCAAUAUUAAGCUUAUUGGGUUGCCGUGGUCAUUUCCUGGUUGGAUAGGUCACGGUCAAAACUGGCCCUAUGCCCAACCCCAAACUACUGCUCUAUAUGUUGUGUCUUGGAUAUUGGGUGCUAAACAACAUCACAAUUUGGAUAUUGAUUAUAUUGGGAUUUGGAAUGAGAGAACAUUUGACAGUAAAUAUAUAAAGGUAUUAAGAGAAGUGCUUUCUCAGAAUGGCCUGAAAAGAGUGAAGAUCAUAGCCAGUGAUUACCUCUGGCUGCCCAUUUCCAUUGCUAUGCUACAUGAUUAUGAACUCAUGAAAGCUGUCGAUGUUAUCGGGGCUCAUUAUCCUGGAACUCAUACUAUACCUGAAGCACUGAAGACCCAAAAAAUACUUUGGUCUUCAGAAGAUUACAGCACUUUCAAUGAUGAAGUGGGUGGAGGCUGCUGGGCCCGUAUUUUGAAUCAGAACUAUGUGAAUGGCAACAUGACUGCCACAAUUGCUUGGAAUUUGGUGGCUAGUUACUACCAGCAACUACCUUUUGGGAGAGAUGGAUUGAUGACUGCUCAGGAGCCUUGGAGUGGACAUUAUGUUGUAGAGAGUCCUAUCUGGAUUUCAGCUCACACCACUCAAUUUGCUCAACCAGGAUGGCAAUAUCUAAAAACAGUUGGCCAUUUAGUGAAAGGUGGAAGCUAUGUUGCUCUUACUGAUGGCUUAGGUAACCUCACUAUUAUCAUUGAAACCAUGACUCAUAAGCAUUCAAAAUGCAUAAGGCCACCUCUUCCUUUCUUCAAUGUGUCAGAACAAAUUGCAAAUUUCUCUCUUAGUGGAUCCUUUAAACAAUUAAGAACGUUACAGGUGUGGUAUUCCAAACUAGGGGACAAAACUGGAAAUAACUCUAUCUUAUUCAAACAACUACCUCCUCUAAAGAUUAAUGAUGGUACAGUCACAUUAAAAUUGGGUCUGGAUGAAGUAUAUACUUUAACAACUAUCACUACAGGUCAGAAAGGCAGUUAUCCUAUUCCUCCAGAGUCACAACCAUUUCCAACAAGCUAUAAAGAUGAUUUCAACAUUCGUACUCCACCUUUUAGUGAAGCUCCGAAUUUUGCUGAUCAGACGGGAGUUUUUGAGUACUUCACCAAUCCCGAGCAAGGGGGGGACCAUGCCUUCACUUUACGCCAAGUGCUCACUCAGCGACCUAUCACCUGGGCUGCUGAUGCAGAUCAGACCAUCAGUGUUAUAGGGGAUUAUAACUGGAAGGAUCUGGUAAUAAGUUGUGAUAUCUACAUAGAGACACCACAUAGUGGUGGUGUAUUCAUUGCUGGAAGAGUAAAUAAAGGUGGGGAAGUCAUCCGAAGCGCUGCAGGAAUUUUCUUCUGGGUUUUUGCAGAUGGGACCUACCAAGUUACAAAUGAUCUUGCUAGACUGUUGAUAUUAAAGAAAGGACAUGCUAAUGUUAGUGCUGGGAAAUGGUACACCCUCACUCUGAAUAUUAAAGACUCUUCUGUUAAUGUCAUACUAGAUAAUACACAUCUCUGGGAAGGUGUGCUACCCUUAUAUCCCAAGAAUGGUUGGGCAGCAAUUGGAACACAUAGCUUUGAGUUUGCACAGUUUGACAACUUUCAUAUAGAGGCUACAAAUGUGCAUUCUUGAAACUCAGAUAAUGACUUUUCUCUCAUCCACUCUUCUUUUGAGUUUGGAAUCAAAGUUAAUUCUUUGGGCUUUUUGAGACUGAACACAAUGAAGGAAUUUAUAUUUGCAUAUUUAUACUACUGUAUAUUUUAUUUUUUUCUUACAAUUAUUUUAAUAUUUAAAUGUCACUUCAUGGAGUAUAUAUUACUUCCUUUUUUUAAUGAUUUUGCCAUUGAGAUCUCACAGUGAUUGUAUUCUGAUAUUGAAGGAAUUGUACCCUUUUAUCUGGUUUGUAAUUAGUUUUAUGAUAUGUGUACUGAAGGAUUUCUCUGUUGUAUAAUACUAAUAAACAUAACUUUAAUAACUUGUUUAUUAUUGUUUGACAUUCA